AUUUUGAAAACGGUUCACCCGAAUUUUUUGUGGGGUUUUUUUUUCUGCUUAUAUCAUGGCUGUUGUCUCAACGUUUCGUUGACGUUACAUGCGCGAACUUAUAAACAGGUAAAGGAGGCUAAAUGGCAUUUUCAGAAGACCUGUUGGCUCAGAGGAACAAAUUACAGCAUGAGAUUUUGGCUCUGGAGAACACUCUGGGCAAUGACGGUAACAUUGCAGACCUGCUAUCUUCAGGCAGUGACAGCGCUGAGGAGUCUGAUGACAGCGGACACGCAGGGGAGGAUGUUGCACACAAGGACCUGGAAGCAGAGCGGCAGCAAGUACAGAGGGAGAUAGAAGAGUUAGAGCGAAAGCUCGGUGCAGACGCUGCUCUGGUUGAUGCCCUGACAGACAGUGAAAAUGGCCGGCUAUCAGAUUCUAGCGGUGAGGACAGUGAAGAUUUGGAUCUUCCUCAAGAUAUAGAAACGUGUCUUCAGAUGAAUUUGGUUUAUCAGGAGGUGCUGAAAGAAAAACUAGCUGACUUGGAGAGGCUUCUUAACGAAAAUCGUGAACAGCAGAAAGAGCUUGAAGAGCAGGUCUCUGGUCCUGCAUAUAUCAAUCCUGGCCUCCCUCAUCUCAAACUCUACCUUGGCAGCUUUAUGAAACCAUAUUUCAAAGACAAGCUGACUGGUUUGGGCCCUCCAGCCAAUGAAGAAACCAAAGAGAGGUUGAGUCAUGGGACCAAACCCUGUGAUGAAAUGAAAAUUAGAAGAUGGGAGCCAUGGCAAAAAACGUUGCUGAUGAACUCCGUAGCCGCAGACGCUAUGAAACGCAUGUUGCAGCCCAAACUGUCAAAGAUGGAGUACUUAACUACAAAGAUGUGUAAAGCAGAAGGUGCUGAAAAAGAAGAACUACAAAAACAAAUUGCUCUUUUAGAGAAGGACAUCACCGAAAUAAGGUCCAUGAAAGAUGAUCAGCUGUAUGGGGAUCGCCAUGAUGACCAUGAUUGGGACAAAAUAUCAAAUAUCGAUUUUGAGGGCAUUCGGCAACCUGAUGAUCUGAUGAGGUUCUGGCAGAAUUACUUGCAUCCCUCCAUUGACAAAUCGACGUGGAAUCAGGAUGAGAUUGCGAAGCUUGCAGAGGUUGCGCAAGAGCACAUGUAUCGCCACUGGGAACAAAUUGCAGAAUCUCUUGGGACCGGCAGGACCGCUUUCAUGUGUUUCCAGGUAUAUCAGCGCUACAUCUCGAAACAGUUCAGGAAGAGAGAGUGGACUGAAGAGGAAGACCAGGUCUUCAGAGAGCUUGUGGACAAGAUGAGGAUUGGCAACUUCAUACCAUAUACUCAAAUAUCGUACUUUAUAGAAGGUCGGGAUAGUUCCCAGCUGAACUACCGCUGGACGUGUGUUCUGGACCCCUCGAUAAAGAAGGGACCUUGGACAAAAGAGGAGGACCAGUUACUGCUGAACGCUGUGAAAAAGUAUGGCUGCAAGGAGUGGUGGAAAAUUAGACAGGAAGUACCUGGAAGGACAGACAAUUACUGCAGAGACAGAUAUCUGGAUUGCCUCCGAACUGAUGUAAAGAAAGGUGCAUGGAGUGAUGAAGAAGUGGAACUGCUGAAAAAACUGGUAGAGAAAUAUGGUGUUGGUAAAUGGGCUAAGAUCGCCUCUGAAAUUCCAAAUCGGCUUGACAGCCAGUGUUUGAACAAGUGGAGAUAUAUGAUGCACAUGGCUCAUAAAGAAAGUGUAAAGAGAGAAAGAACCAGAUCAGUAAAACUUGAGCCACAGUUGAAGAGGAGGCGAGUGAGUCAGGUAAAGCGCCGGAAAUUAAAAGAAGAAUAUGAUUUUAAAACUGAAAGCGACACCUCCGAAGAUGAAAAGGAGCGAGUGCCGUACAUGGACAGCGACGGCGAAAACAAAGUAGAAAAUGAAGUAGAAAAUUUCUCUUCAACUGAGGAUUGUAGACUAGAGUACGUCCAGCCAGACAUAAAGGAGUGGAUUCCUGCACGUGGGAACAAGCUGGUGUAUUCUCCAGGCAACCUGAAGACCAUACUGGUAAGGGUGCCCACUGAGGCUGAAGAGAGUGCCGGAGGUUGUGUACGGAACACCGUGCUGGACAAUCUGGGGAAUCCUGUAAAGACUUAUGUUGGUAUGGAACCACCUGUUUUACAAGAAUCGAAUUCAAACAAUGAGCAUGCCAUGAUCAUGGUGUCCGAAUGUGAUGUUAAACGCUUCCUGAAUUGCAGGAGAGCAUAUGUCUUGAAAGUGAAAGCACGAAAAACUAAAACCAGCUUGCCUUCAAGUACAAAUCAGAACGACGCCAAAAAUGAUGAAGAGGAGGAUAAGACUGAAACGGAAAGCGAUCGGAGAAAAUGUAAACCUGUCCACAAACGUGUUCCCACCACCAAACUGAGCUACGAUCUCAUGUUAGCCAUUACUCCAUGGAUCGGCAAUGUGAUGAUGCCUUUAUCUUUCAUUCAAAGGCGUGCUUGUGAAGCUGACGUUGUUCGAAAAAGAGCAGCAGAUAUCCCUCUUCUAAAAUCACCUGUGUUUUUGCUUUUUCUGCAGGCUCUUAAAGUUGAUGCUGAUGGUUGCAAGAAAGUCAUCGAGGCCCGCAAAGACAAAGCGUCCUCGGCACCAGGAUCUCAAUUGAAACCCUAUCCAGCCAAGAAGCCUACUCCAGGUUCCUACUAUCAUGUUAAGACCGUAUCAGACAUACUUGCUGAAAGAACAGCGCAGAAGAAACUUUCUAGGCCCCUGCAGUCCCCUGAGUUUUUAGAACCCCAGCUACUUCCACAGCCAGCCAAAAUUGCUCAAAGGCCUCAGCAGCAAAGUAAAACAAAACAGGUCAUGCAGUCUGCUAGUCAGGAGAUAAAUGCUACCAUGAUACUUCCCCAGACUUUUGUUGUUGCCCAGUCAAAUACAGAUAACAAAGUAGCCACUUCACAUAAUGUGGUACAGAGAAUUUUACCUCUUCUGCAGUUGGGUACACAAGAAGCAUCGAAAAGUCCUCAGCCAGUACAACAUUUGGAGGUACCAAAAGAAUCUGAGAGGGUGACAGAGACCGCAUCCUGUCCCACAACCUCAGUGUCCACAACUGGACCACCUACAGAGACUUUAGAGGGAGUGCACGCUCCAAAACGCAAGCACAAACCCACACUGAAAGCUCAAGCCUUGAUGGACAAUGCAAGCGCCAAGAAACAGGAAAGAAACAGGAAGCUAAAGAAACAGGCAGCUAAAAAACAACAAAACGCAGCAACAACAGAAAACAACAUAACCCAGACAGUGGCUGUACCACCAAAUACUACAGCCUGGAUUCUCACCCCUGCUGGUUUAAUGCCUGUUGCUGGAAUUCAGGUACAAUCUCCUGACAUCCCUGGUAAUCACUACCAGGUGAUGCAAAACAAAGUUCAGAUGCUAUUUCAUCCACCCGUCAUAGUCAACCAGAGUAGUUGUGUUGCACUCAACAAUGCCGUGAAGCCAAUCAAUCCAAAAGCUGAUUUACCUGGAAAUAAUAAUAUAUCUCUGACUGCUGGAUCAAAUCUUGGUCAAAACCCUAGACCUUCUUCUGUCUCAGACAACAACAUUGAUUCUUCACUUCCUUCUUCUCCUCAAGUUCUACCUGAGACAAAUGUGCCAACAUCCAUUACAGGAUCCACAGCCCACGUUCCCCCGUCUAAAACUCCAUGGAAUCAAAAGAAACCUGUAACUCAAAUGAAUCCCAUGUCAUCUCCGGUUCCUGUUUCAUCCUCCCCUGUGGGAACUAAUAAAAACCGUACACCAUCGUGUAUUUCAGAUGCAACUAACAAUGUUCCCAAUGUCUCUUCAGUGUCUGCUGUCACAAGUACACCUUCUAUCCCUUCUGUCGAUCCGUUGAACAGUUCUGGUCCUGGUACUAUUCCAGGUUCUCAAAGCCAAAGAAUGCCACAUCCUGUUUCUCAGGUGCUAUUUCAGCACCCAAUCAUAGUAAACCAAAAUGGCUCUUUGGCACUCAUCAACCCCACAGGACCCUGCCUAAUUACAAAUGCUCCACCAACUGCUACAGCAAAUGUUACUAUGGUUCCAACUAACUCUAUAGCACCUAAUGUAAAUAACAACCUACCAACAUCUUCUAAUGAGGGUUCUUUGGCAGUCAAUGUCGCAGAACCCUGUCUAAAUACAAAUUCCCCUCCAAUUGCUACUGCAAAUGUAUCUAGGGUUCCACCUAACUCUGCAGCACCUAAUAUUAAUAAGAGCCAUCCAACAUCUACAGAGGGCUGUAUAUCUCCAGCCUAUUCUAUAAUCUCCACCUCUGCACCCUCUUCUGCUUUGAAUGAAACAUCACACGCAACUCCACAGUUCGGUUUUGUGAACAGUCCUGUUACAGUCAACGUAGGUGGCCUUCCAACAAAUCUGUUGUGUGUUAACACGCACAUCAGUUCUAUGACCACUAGUUGUCAAAAAUUGCCUCAAACUGUGGUGGCGCAGAAGGCCCCCCAAGCCAAACGGCAAACUGUUCAGAGAUCAGCUACCACAUCUAAUCCCAGACCCAAAAAAAUUACUUUUGACCCUAGCUUGAUGUUCUUCGAGCAACCAGAUCAAGUGAAAAACUGGUUAAAGGGGAAUGAUGGAAUUACACUGCCUGGUCUGAAAGACAAAUUGCCUUAUCUUCCUCCAUUUGUUACCAGUAUCAAUACACUGAACACUUUGCUCAAAGGAAGAGAUUCUUUGUUGAAGUCAGCAGUGCAGCUCCUGCCUGAAGAACAUGAAGACAACACCGAGGAAGAAGCUAAGAUAGCUGCUGUCCGUAAAAUGGUGUCUGAGAGGUUUAAAACCAACCAAGCGUAUUUGCUUCUGAAGGCUCGCUUCUUGUCAUGCUUUACCUUACCUGCCCUUUUGGCCACUAUAAAUCCAUGCAUAGAGUUGACAGAUGCCCUGGAUCCGGAAGACGGUAUGGGCAAAGUCAAGCCAAAACAGUUUGGAGAUGAUCAGUUCGAACCAUUGGGGUCUCUUCUGAAAGAAAGUGAAUUAACAGCAACACAGUUUCCUGGGAGUAAGCCAAGAAAUCAAACGGACAGUCAUAAAAAUGCUUAGCAUGUUAAUUGUUUGCCUAAUUUUAUUGUUGUUAUAAAAAAAUAUUUAAUAUGACAUUAAUGUUCAAAAGCAGUUCAUGUUGAAAGUAUGUAAUGUAAUUUAUGAUUUUGUUCAUGGUGCAUGGAUGUUACAUGACACAUUAUUUCUCAGAAACUAUUUUCGAAUAAAAUGUUUUAAAAUGAA